ACCCGAGGUUUAACUUAGCUUUGGGAAGCGCACGUGUUGUUAGAUAACCGAUAUAACUUGAAUGACACGAAGAAGAGAAGGGAGUAGGUUUUGGAGGCAUACGUGUUGUUGGGUAACCGGUAUAUUUUCACUGUCACGAAGAAGAUGGGAGAGGUUGGUUUGGGAGGCAUUCAUGUUGUUGGGUAAUCGGUAUAACUUCACUGCCAUGUCGAGGAAAAGAGAGGUAGGCUUGGGAGGUAUGACUUGACUGUACGAAGAGGUGAGAAGAGGUAGGUACAUGUAGGGGAUCUGUGAGUCAUUAUAUGAAGGAAGGUUGCGAAACAACCACUAUGCUAUUUAUACUGAAUAUAAAUUCAAAAAGGGUUUCGUUUUUAAACACAUUUCUGUUUCACUUUGGAAACCUGACCUGGUGUUUUAUUCAUGAAAAACCUUGUUUACUUAUUGUAAACAUGUUGAACGUUUACAUCGUAAUGCGGUGGUUGUUUUCGAUAAACACAAAUAGCCCAGUGAGCAUGCAUGUUUUUAUAUUAUGUGUAAAAACAUGUAAAUGUUACAUGUCGCAUGCUGUGUAAACAUAUCACAUGUUUAUUAUCGUAUUUACAUGUUUAUUGGCUUUUUACACUCAAUACAAAAACACUCAUGCUUACUGGACUCUUUGUGUUUAUCGAAAACAUUCACCACAUUACCAUGUGAACAUCCGAAAUUUUUACAAUAAAAAGUUGCUGUUUUUUGUAUUCAUUAAAGCACCAGGACAGGUUUCCAGAUUGAAACAGAACACCUACUUUAGUGUGCAUGUAACUUCAGGAAGUAGAAACAUGGCUAUGUUUUUGUCAUGACACUUCCGUAUUUACAUGACAAUGUUGAUAAUGCCAAUCAUGAAAUGAAUCAUCGCAAUCAACACAGGAUUUUGCGCAAUUCUAAACCAGUGAAGGCAUUCAAUCUCACUGCAAAUUAACCAUGGUGCUUAAGGGUGUUUAUGUUGCUAUUAUUUUCGCAUUUACGUGAACCGGUAGAAUAAAGGCUUAACCGAGAUAAAGUGACAAAAAGCCGGGUUUACCGGGUUACAUGUGACUCCCAACUAGCAUACAAUGGUCGCUGAUCUGAUUUUGCUCUCUGUGCUGUAGUCUUAUUCUCUGGAGAAGAAGCACGCUUUUGCAGACCCAUUGGUGAUAAAAUAGCUGAAACCCAAAGAUAGCCAGUCACUAAAUCAUCGUAAUAAUUAAGUGAGAAUAAAACAGGCUUUUGCAAACAAACUGAUAAUAAUUCACGGUUUAAACACCGAGCAAAAUAUUAACGAGUGCACAACACAUAAGCUAUACUUUCCCCCCGCCAUAAUGCUGGCCACCGUCGUAUAAGUGAAAUAUUCUUGAGUAGGGUGUAAAACACGAAUCAAAUAAAUAGAUAAACAUAAGCUAGGUGUGUUAGAAUCAAGGCAGGGUUACACUGAUAACGAUUAUUUGAUUAAUUUAACUCCAGGAGCAUCACUUUAAUUGUCUUUACAGCUUGGGCCGGUCCUAAGUGUGUAGUCUACACUGAAUCCGUACAUUAUGCUGUUCUCAAAAGUUUUAAAACCUGCCCCGGUGAUCCCUUUCUAACAAUAAUCCAGCCGUGGAAACUUUUGAAUCGGGAAGACAAACUGACGCCUGUUAUGUGUCGUACCUCGUGGCUCCUUUAAGGUACAAGCUGAUCGUUCGAAAAUGUCCUCCCAGGGAACUUUGAGAAUUGCGUUGAGAAUUUGUUCUGUGUUUCCCCUGUUUUUUGUUGCUUUACAUGUACGGGUACUUUGGUCAUUGGAUUUCAUUGUCAACAAUUUAUUUAAAAAGCCAUCUUGUACUUGCCUAUGGUUUGAAUUCUAAAAAUGGCCCACAUAGGUUUAAGGCGUUUGAUUCAAGGUUAACAUUACGUUGAGAUGUAAUGUCUGUUUUUCUAGAAGCAGAUGACUUGGGGAACCAGUGCAUAUUAAUUAUCAGGACGGGCUCAAGCUGUAAGUAUGUGCCUCUUAAUAUGCUCAUUUGACAUCGUGGACACGACUAGACAUGCUUACCUCUGGAACCUGAACGACCCACACUGACUUGUGUCCUCGUGCGGAACUAUAGUCAGCAUUCACCAAUAACACUGUGUCAGGUGAUCGUUAGAUUGAUGUUAAACAUAUUUUAAAUAAAAAGAAUGUAUAUGCAUCAAGUACUAAUAGAUUCAGAAGCUGCACAAAAGGGACAGAGAUUUGGUAUUUUCUGACAUCCCUUCCUGUCUCUUCACCUGUCUUGACGCUAGUGACCGCUUCGGUGUUACAAGAUUUGGGUACAAAGUUUGCCAGUUAUACAUGCGGUGAAUGGGGAAUGGUAAGUUGGGUUCUCCUGCUCGACUGCAUAACAGCAGAGUAGAGACCUGUCAGACUAAGUUUACGUCUAAGAGAGCUAAAACACAGGAUGCAGUUUACUACAAUACAUUAACAUUAAUGUAAUUUAAAUACAGUAUUUAGAAGACACAUAGCAAGAAGAAAAUGCCUGAUGACUGAAAAAUGCAAAUGCAUGGACUUAGUGACUUGGUAUGGUGUGCUGUGUAUGUGGGUAUUGGACGUGGGCCGUCAAUUGUUUGAUUUCAGAGAACCUCAUUCUUCCUGGACACAGUCAUCACAGCAAAUUUGAAGCUGCCACACAGUAAUAUUUAUAUCUCAUUAAUUAUCAUUUUUCCCAUAAAAUGUUAUGCGAUCGGCGAGUCGAGGAGGAAAAGGCCUGGUUUGAGUGCGAACUGCACUUCCGCCGUCAGCGUAUCAGGAGAUCGCUACAAAUUAAUGUCGCCAAAGGGAUUUCCUGUUUUUUGUUUUUGUCCCGCGAUACGUGGAAUGCAAUGCGUGUGUAUAACAAAGACAAGCAACAACAACGAAAGAAGGGAGAAAACUCCACGCCUAUGAAGAAUGUCUGUAAGGGACGUGAGGAUGGAGGACUGGCGUGAUAGGAAAGGCAUGAAGGGCUGUCUGGAGUACUGCUUGGACAAUGAGCACCUCAUGGACAUUCAGUUCCGCUUUGUGGAAGAGACGCCGCUCCAAACAGCACGAGCUCACCGCCUGAUCCUCGCCGUCAGAAGUCCCGUCUUCGAAGCGAUGUUCUACGGUCCUCUGGCAGAUGGGGCAGACCACGUGGAUAUCACGGACAUAGACUCAUCAGCAUUUAGGGCUAUGCUAAGAUAUAUUUAUACCGACGACGUGGAUUUACUGAGAAAAGAUGUUCUUGGGAUCAUAAAAGCUUCCCACAAGUACUGCGUCCCUGGCUUAACUGACAAGUGCUCGGAGUAUCUUGUGAAUACCGUAACAAUGUAUAAUGCGUGCGAGCUUUUGGAAAACGCCACUUUGUUUGGAGUGGAAUGCUUACAGUAUCAAUGUCUUGCGAUAAUCGACUGCUACGCCAGGGAGGUGAUCAAAUCUGACGGCUUCUUAUCGCUAUCCCGCUCAAACGUCGAGCGAAUUUUGAGGGGAAAUUCCCUUCAAGCUGACGAGGCAGCCAUUUACCAAGCAGUCGUGGCCUGGACUGAAGCUGAAUGUCACAGGUUGUCUCUUGAUCCUACAGAUUUUCAGGUGCGGAGAAAAGUUGCCGACCCCCUGGUUAAACUCAUCCGGUUCCCAAUAAUACCACAAAAGACAUUUUCGCAGGAGGUUGUAGGAUCACCUUUGGGUUUGCUAUCGACUGAGGAAACUAUCAAACUCUUUCAGAUGUUCACAAGCCGGAACACCGUUAGCGAGGAGUUCAAUAGUACGCCGCGCAACGACAGAAGUCACAUCGAAAUAUUGAGGUUCGAGGAGGACGGACAUUGUCGAUUCUGGUACCAAGGUCUGGAGGACAAGUUUGAGUUCUCCUGUGACCAGAAACUAGUUUUCACAGGUGUUUCAUUCAAGGGAAGCAUCCAGCGGUGCGGUUGUUCUGGAAACUUAGAAGGUUGGUUGCAGAUUUAUGACAUAAGCUCGGACGAAGCCCUGCUCGUAUAUGACAAGGCGGUCAAACACCACCAGCGCCCACCAUCCGACAAACCGGGCCCCAAAGCAGCGAAGGAGUCUAUUUACGACGUGAUUAUUGAUUUUGACAAGCCAAUAUUCAUCUCUCCUGGUAUGAAAUUUGAAGUGCUUCUUAAAAUUAAUUCAAGCUAUAACGAAUGCGAAUGCAACGAAAUUUGUGACUGCUACGACUUGCUGUCUAACAAGAAACCGUUGGAGAAGUUCCAAUAUCGCGACAUCAUUACGACUUUUGAAGGUAAAGGUGAGGCUAUUAUUAAAGGACUUUCAUUCCAUCGGUGGCGAUAAGACUGGAGACUCUUGUGCUCAGAUCAGGUGAAUCUUGUAUCUAGACAACUUACAACAACAUGUGCCUUUAUAGCUUGCAUUUUUCUCACAAAAUAUCAAAACAAUUGAGCGCAACAUGACCACCAGCCUGUGAAAUGCCAAAUUUAUAUGGGUGGAUGAAAACGAAAUGUCCGCAGAGAACGACCGAACUUUGAUAAGCCACUAAGGAACUUUUCAACUUGUGACAUGUGACACGUACACCAUAAUGGUAGAAAACCAGUUGUCGCUCAGUUGUCCUCAACAAACGUCAAUAAACGAGAGUCUUUGAUCGAUUGGCCAAUGAACAGUGAGAGCAGGGAAGUUUACAAUUUCCUUGUCCAAGUUCGGAACUAGAGAAAGGCUGCAGUUUUUGUUUAUGAUGUAUGGUAUUUGUAGGCCCACACGUACUUGACAUAGGAGUAUUUUAUUUCCGAUCGCAGUGCCCUCCGACUUUAUGGAAAUUAACCUCCCACAGUGUAGAGAGCAGUUAUACACCUUUGUGUGACUGGAGCAGAUUUUCAGUAUUGGUGUGACCAAAAAGCAAAUCAUUUAACUAUUACACUGGUGCCGUAGCUAUAAAGAAGUUCUAAGAAGCGUAGGGAUCUGGGCCUGUGAACGUGGGUGUGUCUUGGGAGAGCACAGUUAACACUGCUAAUGCUAGCAGAAGGUAGUGGGAAUUUCCCUGUAACUUAGUUGGUACAGCGCUGGACUGUGGAGGCCGGAAUUCACAUCCCGAUGUGAAACACGUAAUAAAUCGUUCAACCAUGAUAUAUGAUUAACAUUGCUUUGUAUAUACCGUAAACAGGUGAUACUGCGAUAUGCUCAGAAACAUAUGAUGUAAAUAUACAGAUGUAAAUGUUAUAUUUUUUUACUGAGGGUUCAUGUAUCAUUGUGACUGAGCUAAAUAUUAAGUACUUUGUUAUCUCAAAUCAGGAAUAAAAUGAUACUCUUUCAUGUGUUUUAUGAAAUGCUGGGGUUGUGGAUUGCAUACUCAUUUUUAUUCCUG